GGGAGUAUACUUUUCCGAUUUCACAAACCAAACACCCCUUCGACUCUCUCUGAAACCGAACCCUUGUUUUAUUUCCUGAUUUUCGUUUCCCGCCACACACUAACUCAUAUCCAAUUCUCCAUGGCAGACAAGAGGAAGCGCCGCCGUCCCGACUCCGACUCCGACUCCGACUCCGACGACUCACCCCCGACCACUGUAAGUUCCCAUUUAUCCCAAAAAUCUGUCCCUUUCCAAAAACGCCUGAAACCAGACACCACCAUCCUCGAAUCCCUCCAACAACUCGCCUACUCCAUCAAAAACCCGUCCCCUUCCACCUCCAAAAAACCCACCACCCUCGCCGAUGUCUCCGCAGCCCUUUCCUCCUCUUGCCGUGAGGUCACCGACCUCUCUCUGUCCUCCGUUCAGUCGGAGAUCGAAACCCUCGUCAUCUCCCUCGCCAAAUCCAUCCUCGGCGGAAACGGCUUCUCCUUCAGCGUCCCCUCUCGCGCGUCCUCCAACCACCUUUACAUCCCUGAGCUCGACCGCAUUGUUCUCAAAGACAAGUCCUCCUCCCGCCCCUUCGCUGCCGUUGGAUCUGUCCGUAAAGCGACCAUCACCGCCCGUAUUCUCUCUCUCAUUCACCAGCUCUGCCUCCGCAGCAUCCACGUCACGAAGCGUGACCUAUUCUACACUGAUGUUAAACUUUUUCAAGACCAAUCCCAAAGCGACGCCGUAUUGGACGACGUUUCUUGCCUUCUUGGGUGUACUAGGUCGAGCUUGAACGUGGUGGCCUCCGAGAAAGGGAUUGUUGUUGGUAGGCUUGUGUUCAGUGAUAAUGGCGAUAUGAUUGAUUGCACGAAAAUGGGUGUUGGUGGGAAAGCUAUUCCGCCCAACAUUGAUCGUGUUGGGGAUAUCAAGAGUGAUGCAUUGUUUGUUCUGCUCGUUGAGAAGGAUGCAGCGUUUAUGAGGUUGGCUGAAGAUCGAUUUUACAAUCGAUUUCCGUGUAUAAUUAUCACUGCUAAAGGGCAGCCGGAUGUUGCGACUAGGUUGUUUUUAAGGAAGUUGAAACUUGAGUUGAAUUUGCCUGUGUUAGCUUUGGUGGAUAGUGAUCCUUAUGGGCUAAAGAUCUUAUCAGUUUACGGGUGUGGCUCAAAGAAUAUGUCAUAUGAUAGCGCAAAUCUGACAACUCCAGAUAUCAAAUGGUUGGGUAUUAGGCCAAGUGAUUUGGAUAAGUAUAAGAUACCGGAACAAUGUAGGUUGCCAAUGACUGAGCAGGAUAUUAAGACGGGAAAGGAUUUGCUAGAGGAGGAUUUUGUGAAGAAGAAUCCUGGUUGGGUUCAAGAGUUGGAGUUGAUGGUUAAGACCAAACAAAAGGCUGAAAUUCAGGCUCUUAGCUCUUUUGGGUUUCAGUAUUUGUCUGAGGUUUAUCUGCCUCUCAAGCUGCAGCAGCGAGAUUGGCUCUAAUCGGAUUCAAUUUGUAUGGGUAUUGAAGAUAAACUGUUAAUAUUGUUGUAUACAGGAGAAAUCUUAUGUUAUUAGCAGCAAAUUUGAUGCAUCUUUGAAAUUGAAAUUUGAUUUUAACUUUGAAAUUGAAAUUUGAUGUUGGUUGUUGAAGUUUCUUGUACUUGUAUUCGACAGAAAACCGGAAUAAGAAGUCUUGUUGAAUGUCUUAUA